AUGGAGAACCUCACCUGGGCUGGCAGCCAACCCCUUUCCGAAGCUGUUGGAGCUAUCAUUAGUGCCCCGCUACAGAAAUGGCUUCCUUAUUCCGUGGUCCUGUUAAUUGGGUGGCCCCUUUUAGCCAGAUCGCUGCGCUACAGACGAUUGAAGCAGCUCCACAAGAAAUACAACUUUCCGACACGUGAAUCCAUGGCCAAAAUGACCGAUGAAGAGGCCUUUGAGAUUCAGCUAGAAGUUGGGCAGCUCGAGUUUCCGUUCAUCUAUGUGAAAGCCUUACAAUUCGCUCUAUUCCGGACAUAUGGCAUUCCCUCAAUCUCUCACCUCCUUACAAAGACAAGCCAGUUUUCCAACCCGGAAACUUCCUUGAAGCGUUACACAGACACAAGCGCUCUUGUCCAGGAGAUGGUAGCAAACAGCCCAACCUCUCUCCGCGCUUUCACCUCUCUGGCCCGUACCCGCUUCCUUCACAGUGGCUACCGUGCCUCAGGCAAGAUCCUUGACUCAGACAUGCUCUACACGCUCGCGCUUUUCGCGCUCGAGCCAAUCAAGUUCAUUAAGCAGUUCGAGUGGCGUGAGCUCAGCGAUCUGGAGCGAUGUGCUAUCGGCACGUUCUGGAAGAGUGCAGGUGAUGCAUUGGGCAUCCCGUUCGACGAGUUGCCGUCCGGUAAGAGUGGGUUCUCGGAUGGUUUACAGUGGCUCGAAGAGAUCUCGGCCUGGAGCGUGGAGUAUGAGAAGAAGUAUAUGGUUCCUGAUGUCAAGAAUCGGGAGACUGCUGAUCAGACUACGGCUAUUUUGGUUUAUAUGCUACCUAAGGCAUUACAUCCUGUUGGAUUGCAGUUCGUUUCGUAUAUGAUGGAUGAUCGGCUGAGGAAGGCCAUGCUCUAUGAUGCGCCUACCCCGUUCAUGUCAACUCUGAUCACGGGUCUUCUUACUACGCGUCAGCUUGUCUUGCGCUACUUUAUGCUUCCCCGGCCAUCUUUCCUGAGAGUUACGAAUGUUUCAUCCCAGCCUGAUGAGAAGGACCGAUUCUUCAUGACGAAUUGGGAGGCGGCGCCUUACUAUGUCAAGCCGACUCUCUGGAACCGAUGGGGUCCUAUGGCGUGGUUGACUUGGGCGCUGGGUCGUCCUGUUCCUGGUGAUGAGGGAGAUAAGUAUCGUCCUUCUGGCUAUCAUAUUAAUGAUAUUGGGCCGAAAUACUUUGAAGGCAAGGGGCAGAAGGCUAUUGAGGAGACGAUGGAGGAGUUGAAGGUGUUCCGCACUGGAAAGUGUCCAUUUCAUUAA